AUGUCCGGAUUCCCGGGACAGCAGUACCACAACAACUACGGCCCGCCGCCCCAGCAGCCGCCCUAUGGUGGGCCACCGCAGCAAGGGUACGGCGCGCCACCGCAGGGUUACGGCGCGCCGCAGCAAGGCUACGGAGCACCACCACCACAGCAGGGCUACGGCGCACCCCAGUACAACGGCGGCUAUCAAUCGACCCCGCCUCCGCAGCAAUACGGGUACCAGCAGCCACCGCAGCAGCCAUACGGCCAGUACGGCCAACCAGUGCCCCAACAAGGCCCCCCUUCACACCAGCAGCGCCCCGGCGCCAUGCCCACAGCAACCAGUAACCAGUGGACCCACGGCAACCACAACGGCCCACCUCCCCCGCCCAGCGGCGCACAGAACUUCGGCCACGGCGCGCCCAACGGCUACUCGUUCCAGUACUCGGCAUGCAACGGGCGACGGAAAGCGCUGUUGGUUGGCAUCAACUACUUUGGCCAGCGGGGCCAGCUUCGCGGCUGCAUCAACGACGUCAAGAACAUGAGCACCUAUCUGAACGAGUUCUUUGGGUACAAGAGGGAGGACAUGGUCACCCUGACCGAUGACCAGCAGAAUCCCAUGAGCCAGCCCACCAAAGCGAACAUUCUCAGGGCCAUGCACUGGCUGGUCAAGGACGCAAGGCCCAACGACUCGCUGUUCUUCCACUACUCUGGCCACGGCGGCCAAACCAAAGAUCUGGACGGCGACGAAGACGAUGGCUACGACGAGGUCAUCUACCCCGUCGACUUCCGCACCGCCGGCCACAUUGUCGACGACGAAAUGCACCGCAUCAUGGUCUCUCCGCUCCAACCCGGUGUCCGCCUGACUGCCAUCUUCGACUCGUGCCACUCGGGCUCUGCGCUCGACCUGCCGUACAUCUACAGCACGCAGGGUGUGCUCAAGGAGCCGAACCUUGCCAAGGAGGCCGGCCAGGGUCUCCUCGGCAUCGUGUCGAGCUACGCGCGCAACGACAUUGGCGGCAUGCUCUCGACAGCAUCCUCGCUCUUCAAGAAAGUCACGUCGGGCGACGACGUGUACAAGAAGAAUCUGCGCACCAAGACGUCCCCCGCCGACGUCAUCAUGUGGUCGGGCUCAAAGGACACGCAGACAUCGGCCGACGCGAGUAUCGGCGGCGAAGCCACGGGCGCCAUGAGCUGGGCCUUCAUCACGGCGCUGCGCAAGAACCCAAACCAGAGCUACGUGCAGCUGCUCAACAGCAUCCGCGACGAGCUCGAGGGCAAGUACCAGCAGAAACCGCAGUUGAGCUGCAGUCAUCCUUUGAACACGGACCUGCUGUACGUCAUGUGA